ACUUCACCUUUGUGGAAAAGGGUUAGGAGUCCUUCCCCACGUAGAUAAAAUAUAUACUACCAAUUUGGAGCAACAAAGGGGAAAAAAAAAAAAAGAAAAAAAAAAAAAAGGCUGCCCUCGCUUAACGCCAAAGUAUAACCACCACAUAUACGCCGCAAACCUGCGGACGCCGUUUUUUUGGGUAGCUUACCCCCCGCUCACACGCACGUGCGCGAGCGGCCGUGCACCCCCCAACAGAGCAAGAAGGAGAGUAGAACAUGGUAAACAUAAACUGGCCGGGGCUCCUCAAAUGGUCGACUAAAUACGCAGAUGGCACCAUCGACACGAACAAGCGGCUGAGCAAGGACGACAUCGAGUUCCUGCAGGGGGCGAUCAAGGACGCCCUGAGUCAAGUGGAGGACCCGUACGAAGCGAUAAACGAAGCGGUGAAAAACUUUGAACAUGCCGAUGAAGGAAUGGUCCUGGCUUCCGCCAAAAUUGUGGAAAGGCUAGUGGACGAGUACCCAGAGGUCUCCCGCAAUCUACACAAGAUAAACGCAAUAGACCCUUUAUUAAAACUGCUAAACCAAACAAACCACCACAUCUUAGAAUCCGUUUUGCAAAUAUUUUCCCUAGCCCUUUCAAAUAACCCAGAGCUACAAGAAAGUGUCUUCAAAAAGAACGCCUUAAAAACUUUAUUACUGAAAUUGCAAGAAUCCCAAAAGAGCGUAAUAGAUAAGAAGCUAAUAACAGCCAUUUCGGCUCUCAUUAGGCACCAUGAUGAGGCAGAAAAUAAAUUUAUUGAUUAUGGGGGGGUAGGAUUCUUAGUCUACGGGAUGCAAACAAAUAUGUAUCAAUACCAGGAGAAGUCGGCUCUACUGCUGAAGCAUUUGGUUCUUCAAAAUAAAAUUACGUUUGAGAUUUUUUUAAAAAACGAAAUAAUGAAGGGACUAAUCUGCCUUGCUAAUAACAAAAAUAUUGACGAAACGGGCAUACAGUAUGGGGAGACGACGGCCGAACUGUUCCUUGCUCUGAUGCAGAACCACCGGCAUAGGUUGGCCAAGUCGGGGUGCCUCCACAACUUGAAGCUCUUGAUAGAGGACCGCCUGGCCUACCUGCGCGUUGUGCAGGACAGCGCCUCCUACGACGUCUCCCAGGAGAUCGAGCUCUUCUCGGACUGUUUGAAGUUGACCAGCUGGCCGGUAGCGAAGCAGCCGGAGCAGAAGAGCGGCGGGCACUUCAGCUUAUCCAACUGGUAG